UCUUCCUGAGAGCGGUGCAAAACAGACCGACAAAAUUCGGGAACGGAGAAUAGCAGUUUGUGGAGUCAUGGCCUCUGCUUCAAUACCAGUCUACAACUCCUCUAAUAAUCCCCUGGAAAACAGCUCCAGUCACAAUGCGUCCAGAGAGAGUCUGAAAAUGGAACUGCUGGCAGACUGCAGCUUACUGCCCGGAGAGGAGAGAAUCAUAGACAAAGACAUCAUCUAUAUAUGUCCAUUCAGUGGAGCUCUCAAAGGCAAAGUCUUCAUCACUAACUACAGACUCUACUUCAAGAGUGCAGACGCAGACCCGGCGGUGACUCUGGAUGUUCCGCUGGGUGCCAUUGGCCGUGUGGAGAAGAUGGGCGGAGCCUCCAGUCGGGGGGAGAACUCAUACGGGCUGGACAUCACCUGCAAGGACAUGAGGAACCUGAGGUUUGCGUUGAAACAAGAGGGCCACAGUAGAAGGGACAUCUUUGAUAUCCUGUUUAAAUAUGCCUUCCCCCUAUCCCACGGUCUGCUUCUGUUUGCGUACCUGAGUCAAGAGAAAUUUGAAGAGAAUGGCUGGAGUGUGUACAAGCCCAUGGAAGAGUUCAGACGGCAGGGCUUACCCAAUGACAAGUGGCGUGUCACGUUCAUCAAUGCCAACUAUGAGCUGUGCGACACCUACCCCACCAUACUGGUGGUUCCAUUCAAAGCUACAGAGGAAGACCUGAGGAAAGUGUGUACCUUCAGGUCCAGAGGACGCAUACCCGUGCUGUCGUGGAUCCACCGUGAGAACCAGGCUGUUAUCUGCCGCUGCUCCCAGCCCCUGGUGGGGAUGUCUGGGAAGAGGAACAAGGAUGACGAGCGCUACCUGGACCUGAUCCGGGAGGCUAACGGCACUGCCAAGCUCACCAUCUACGACGCACGGCCCAGCGUCAACGCCGUCGCCAACAAGGCCACAGGUGGGGGUUACGAGGGUGACGAUGCAUAUCAGAACGCUGAGCUGGUGUUUCUAGACAUACACAACAUCCACGUGAUGAGAGAGUCCCUGAAGAAGCUAAAAGACAUUGUCUAUCCCAACGUAGAGGAGUCGCACUGGCUGUCCAGUCUGGAGUCUACACACUGGCUAGAACACAUCAAGCUGGUCAUAUCUGGAGCCAUCCAAGUAGCAGACAAGAUAUCGGGUGGUAACUCUGUGGUGGUCCACUGUAGUGAUGGGUGGGACCGGACGGCCCAGCUCACCUCUCUGGCCAUGCUGAUGCUGGACAGCCACUACCGCACCCUGAGAGGAUUCCAGGUGCUGCUGGAGAAGGAGUGGAUCAGCUUCGGACACAAGUUUGCCAAUAGGAUAGGACACGGUGAUAAGAACCAUGCUGAUCAGGACAGGUCUCCUAUCUUUGUACAGUUCAUAGACUGUGUCUGGCAGAUGACCAAACAGUUCCCGACAGCGUUUGAGUUUAACGAGCGUCUCCUAGUGACCAUCCUGGACCACCUGUUCAGCUGUCGCUUUGGAACCUUCCUCUUCAACUGUGAGAGUGCUAGGGACACUAACGAGUUGCGGUCUAAGACGGUGUCUCUGUGGUCGUUGGUAAACAGUGAUCUGUCCUUCUACCAGAACCCCUUCUACACCCCAGAGUCCAAUCGAGUCCUCUACCCUGUAGCCAGCAUGAGACACCUAGAACUCUGGGUGACUUACUACAUCCGCUGGAACCCUCGCAUUCGACAACAGCAGCAGAGUCCAGUGGAACAGCGUUACAUAGAGCUGUUAGCCCUGAGAGAUGAAUACCUGAAGAAACUAGAGGAACUGCAGCUCUCUGACUCCUCCCCUAACUCCUCCCACCUAUCAAAUAGCUCCACCCCCAACGCGACCUCUCCCACACAGCACAUCACACACCUGCACACCCCCUUCUGAGUGGGGUCGUCACACACACUCCGACGUAUACAACACGCGUGUAUGCGCAUUUUCCGGGGUCGCUGUUGAUUACAUGUCAGUUCAGUUAAUGAAUCAUAGGAGAUUAAUUGAAGUUCUAAAUUUGAGAGUUGAAAAGUGACAUUUUUUCCCCAAUGAAGAUUUUUCAGUUCUGUAGGAUUUCAGAAUGUUCAGUUCUUCGGAAUUUCAGAAUUUCAAUUCACUUCCUGAAAUUGAAAUGGGUUUGACCCUGACACAAGAAGUCGUUUUUGUACAUAACGUUUAAAGUAAUAAUGAAGUCAAUAAAUAACAUGGAAUAGACGUAACCAUGGUGAUUAUGCAACAUGUCACAGUACAGCCUUUUCACAACUUUAAUAGAACAUUUGUUUUCUUCCACAAAAACAAAUAAGCCUUAAUAUAAAAUAAAACAAUGUUUUGUAGAUAAACAAUACUAAAGGUCAAGUGUAAAGGAUUAAAACUCACUGGCUGCAUUCCAAUUCACCCAGAAGUGUGCAUUCAGUCACUCCCCUUCAUGCUUAUGCAUUGUAUUGGUGCAAGCAUGGCUGGAUGGAGUUUCCACCGUUUUCCUCACACCAGUCCCUAAAUCUAUGAGGGGGAGUGUAUGAGUGCACACUUCAGGAGAAGGGUAGAGAAUGGGAUCGUAGCCCCUGCUCCUCUAGGACUUAAUACACUGCUGCACUCUCCAUGACCAGGGAGGGAAUGGGAGACGGGAAUGAACAUUUGACUAGAAGUGUAUAGGACUAGUUUCCCUUCAAUCAUUGUGUAGCUGUACCUAUGUCCCAACAUAAGCAAUACCAGCCCAAUCAUUCAGUUAAGUUUGGAUAGGAAGCUGGAGUAACUACAGUCAACUCUUGAUAAGUGCAAACCAAGUCCACUGCAGUUCCCCUGUCCCGACUCACAUAAAUUAUAAAGAAUGGAAUUAAGAAAUAUAUAAAUAUUAGGAUGAGCAAUGUCAGAGUGGCAUUGACUAAAGUACAGUAUAUACAUAUGAGAUGAUGUAAACAUGAUUAAAGUGACUCAUAUGGUCUUAGUCAUGCAUUACAAUUACCGUAUGUGUUGGUAAGAAGGCACAAACAGAUCUGGCACCAGGUUAGGUCCACUAGGUCCAAUGAUAGUCACCAGUGGUUCUGCCUCAACCCAACUCUAAUUUUGCAAACUUCAGAACCUUUACAACCUGUUACCUUAACCGGUCAAACCCCUCUUGGCAUAAACGUAAACAUUUGCCAUCGACCCUCUUGAUCCCAAUCCACGUAGCAAAAUGGUUUAGCUCAAAUUUGCUGAAGGUUUUUGGACUCUCACAGAGUAGGUUCAGAAAUAAUCCACAAAGUUAAGCUGUGGACAGGAGAAGUUCUUUUGACAAGAGCAAUGUCCAGAGGUGGGAUCAGAUCGGUGGAUAUCCAGAAUAAUUUAGAACGUUUCAAGGGAUCACGAUGUGGGCAAUGUAUUCUCAGACAAGAGAUUUCUUUGGACAAGAAUCACCAUAGAUUUUGAGAUUAGAUUGGUGGGAAAAGUCCAGAAUUGUUUAGUUACUCUUUACAGGGCAUAUCCAGUGUUCUGGAGAACGCUGGUCAGGUCCAGUUCUGUGCCUUUGACCGUCUGAAGUUCAACCUCAGGUGGAUGUUUUGUAUGUACCCAAACUAUAACUUUUGUCUUUGUCAUUGUUCCUCUGUGUGUGGCAUCUGUGGCGAGGCGUAAAGGGAAAGAAAGCACCUGAUUGGUUGUGGCAGGAGAAAGGUCGCACCCGAUUGGUAGUGGUGCGGGGAAAGAAAGCAUCCGAUUUGCUGGGGCAGGGGGAAUGAUGGAUUACGAUUUGGUUGUGUCGGGGAAAGAAAAGAUCCUGAUUGGUUGAUACAGUAUGUAUGCUCCUUCUGGUCAAGACCCUUUGGGUAGGAUAACCAGUCACCACUGGAUAUGGGAAGACCAUACAAGAGAGAGAACUUAGAGGGCUUGUUGCUGAACAUCUAUUGAAAGAUAGUGGUGGUGGGCUAAACAUGAGGUCUCUUGGUAUUUAAACCUUUCAGGCACUACCUUUUCGCUCCCUAAUGCUACCCCAGAAUGCGUCACUUCGGAAGACUUUGGCCUCAAUGAGGUGAAAAAGUUUAAAAACAAAGCCAAGAGCGAAAUGGACAAGGCAAAACACUUUUUGGUUUGUUGGUUGGUUGUGUUUUUAGGCAAAAAAACGAAAUCUAUUUUGUUUAUUUUUUACUUUAUACAAGUACAGUAACUAUGAUGUAAUUACCUCAAACAAAACUGAUUUUACUGUUAAAAGUUGUUGUAAAAUAUUAUUUUAUUUAGUGUACCAUUUGACACGUUUUAUAAAAAGGAAAGUAGUAGGACAAACAUUUUUUGUUUUGUUUCUUUGAAUGGUUGGUUAAUAAUUUGUGGAUUUCUUGUUACAUUAGUUUAUUUUUUUAUUUGCAUUUUGGGAUUUUGAUUUCUAACAGAAGAGGACAGUGAAUCAUGAAUUGUGGGAGAUUUGAUUCAGUCGGGAAUUGAUUCAGUUCCUUUUGAGUCUUCACCUGUGAUUGUGUAAAUAGGGGCGUGAUUAGAUCAAUGGAGUGGGUGAGGAUCUGACUUUUUCUGGACCCCUCUUCUGGACAGCUGAAUGUCCCGAAGCUUCUGCUAUUGUGCGGGAUUCUCUACUUUACACACAGUCUCUGCUCUACUCGUAGGGAGCCGGCUAUUCUAGCGAAUGGUGCUCUUUUAAUAAGGUUAGGUCAAAGCUGAAUCAAUGUCUGCAAAAACACAAUGAUAGCAUUCUACAUUUAUUUAACCUAUAUUUAACUAGGCAACUGAAUAUAAAUAGCAUAACAAUCUAAUUGCAUAUCCCCAUGAAACUGAGAUCAAAUAGUUGCUAUGCAGAUGCUGCAUGGAAGUUUCAUCUGUAAAAAUUGGGAGAAUUAUAAUUCAUCGUUGACACUAGAAAUGUGAAGGGUGGUUCUAUAUGUGUAGAGCUGAGCCCGCUUAAAGUAGAGAAUUCCGUACGUGCGCAGACGCUUCGGGACCUUUAGCUGUUGGGAUGAGGGGUCCAGAAAAGUCUGAUCCACAGCCUCGGCCUUCAAUCAAACUCAUUGUGGUAUUUAUGCAGGAGCUCUUUUACCCCCAUGGUCAAAUAUAAUCCCUGAACCGUGGUAAUAAUUUACUACCACAAGGAAGUAUCCCCAUCACAAAUAGAUGCUUCCAUGUUUUUCCACAAUGAGAAGGCUAUGCAUGGACAUUUAGUUUGUAAAGAAAGACACUGCCAUAAACAUUGGCAUAAUGAGUUUGACUGAAAUCCAGCCCUAGAAGAAUUGAGCACUGAUAAAGGCUGUGCAAGUGGCACAGAAUUAGUCCCAAAUGGCACCCUAUUACUGCCAAUAUAGUGCACUUAUUUUGACCAGAGAAUAGGGUGCCAGCUGUCGCUAGUGAUUUUGUUAAUUUUCUUCAUGUAUUCUACCUUUAACAUAGGGAUAUCUAGUCUAAAGGGAUUUCUGUCAUAUUAUAGCCUACUUACUCCCUAGCCUGGUGUCCCAGAUCAGUUUGUGCUGUUUUGCCAAAUCCUUGUGAGUCAUGACCAUAGGAGUUAGCCUGGGUGCCAGUCUGUUUCAGGGGGCGUACUGUCAAGGGGGGUGUACUUGUACAACAAGCUGCCUCAUGCUACAGAAACAGGAGAUGGACUCCUGCCCUAUGGGCCUGUCUGGCUUGGACAAGGCUUACAUACCAGUCUUUGUCUGCUCUGUUCAUGCCAGGGCGAGCAGAAACCAACUGGCACCCAGCCUACAUGGGAGUUUUGGCAAGACAACACAAACAGAUGUGGGAUUCAGGCUGUACUACUCUUUUUCCUGUAUGAGUAGUCCAUGUUGGUUGUUGUGUAAAUAAUGCUGAAUAAAUUAAUUUAAAGAUUUCUCACUU